AUGGUGGGUGGUGAGGCGGCCGCUGCCGUGGAGGAGCUGAUCUCGGGUGUGCGGCGAGCGACUGACUUCGCUGAGCAGUUCCGCUCCUACUCGGAGAGCGAGAAGCAAUGGAAGGCCCGCAUGGAAUUCAUCCUGCGCCACCUGCCCGACUAUCGCGAUCCACCCGACGGCGGCGGCCGCCUGGACCAGCUGCUGUCCCUCUCCAUGGUCUGGGCCAACCACCUCUUCCUGGGUUGCAGUUACAACAAAGACCUUUUAGACAAGGUGAUGGAAAUGGCUGAUGGGAUUGAAGUGGAAGACCUGCCACAGUUUACUACCAGAAGUAAAUUAAUGAAAAAGGUAAUGAAUUAUACACUUUGGAUUUUUCAACAGUGUACCUUUAAGUGUGAUUUUGCUUAUAGUCUUUUUUUCUCUGCUGACUGA